AUGCCGGAUAAGGUGCCAUGUGCAGAACAGCACCAGCAGCAGGUGGAGCCUGGGCGAGAGAAGUGGGGCAGUGAGGACCUCCCGUUUUGCUCAUGUUCUCUUUUAGCCCAUAGGCCAGAUAAAAUAACUUGCUUUUCUUCUUUUUGCAGAUACCAGAUAUUCCUCUAUUUUGUGUGUGCCUUCCAGAACAUCUCUUGUGGUAUCCACUACUUGGCUUCUGUGUUCUUGACAACGUCCCCUCGGCAUACCUGCAGGCCCCCGGGCAACGUGAGUCAGGUUCUUGUCCGCAAUAUCUCUAGUUGGAGGCUGGAUGACGUCUGGACCCUGUUUUCCGCAGGCCAUGAAGAUCGCGUUGUAGUGCAGCUGCAGAACGGUGAGAUCUGGGAGCUCACAAAGUGUCACAGGUUCCGAAGGGACAACAAGUCGAGUUUGAACUAUGAUUAUAAUGGCCAUAAGACUAGCUUUCCUUGCUCAGAUGGCUACAUCUAUGACCAAAGUAAAUGGAACAGCACCGUGGUGACCGAGUGGGAUCUGGUCUGUAACCGAGAAUGGUUCGCAAGGCUGAUCCAGCCCAUGUUUAUGCUUGGAGUCCUACUGGGAGCGGUGAUUUUUGGCUACCUUUCUGACAGGAUCGGCAGACGCCUUGUCCUGUGGUCCACAAGCAUUGGCAUGUUUUUCUUUGGCGUUGCAGCGGGAUUCACAUUCGAUUAUUACAGCUUUGUGGUCGCACGUUUUCUUCUUGCGAUGGCUGCAAGUGGCUAUCUCAUAGUGGUGUUUGUCUAUGUGACGGAAUUUAUUGGCAUGAAAUCUCGGACGUGGGCAUCCAUCCAUAUGCAUUCCUUUUUUGCCCUUGGGGCAAUGAUGGUGGCUUUGAUGGGCUACUUGGUCAGGACCUGGUGGAUCUAUCAGAUAGUCCUCUCCACAGUGACUGUCCCCUUUGUCCUGUGCUGUUGGAUUCUCCCGGAGACACCUUUUUGGCUUCUCUCAGAAGGAAGAUAUGAAGAAGCACAAAAAGUUGUUGAUACGAUGGCCAAGUGGAAUAGGGCCAGCUCCUGUAAACUGUCAGAACUUUUAUCACUGGAUCUAAAUGGUCCUGUUGGUAAUAAAACCACUGAAGUUAAGAAGCACAACCUGUUAGAUCUGUUUUAUGACUGGAAUAUUGGAACAAGGACACUUACUCUUUGGCUGAUUUGGUUCACAGGGGCUUUGGGAUUCUACUCCUUCUCCUUGAAUUCUGUUAAUUUAGGAGGCAAUGAAUAUUUAAACCUCUUCCUCAUGGGCGCAGUGGAAAUUCCUGCCUACAUGUUCGUGUGCUUGGGGAUGGACAGUUUGGGGAGAAGAAACAUUCUGAUCUUCUCCCUUAUCUCAACUGCACUGAUCUGUGGUGUGAUUAUGGCGAUCCCCAAGGAUUACCAUAUCUGGAGUGUGGGGGUGACUAUGGCUGGAAAAUUUGCUAUAGGGGCAGCAUUUGGUCUCAUUUACCUUUAUACAGCAGAAUUGUAUCCAACCCUUAUAAGGUCGCUGGCCGUGGGGAGUGGCAGUAUGGUGUGCCGUGUGGGAAGCAUCAUGGCCCCGCUCUGCGUUUCUCUCUCCAGCGUGUGGAUCUUCAUGCCACAGUCGCUUCUUGGGAUUUUGGCUUUUGUGAGUGGCUUGCUGACACUAAGGCUUCCAGAAACCCUUGGGAAGCCUCUGGCAACUACUUGGGAGGAGGCCACCAAACUGGACGCAGCAAAAGAUAGCAGUUCAGGCGAAUUAUUUCCCACAACCAAUAAUACUGUGCUGGAAGAAAGAGAAGUGAUUAACUCAGAGGAUUCUGGUCUUAGCGAAUAAAUGUGCCAUAUGUGCUGUCUAGCACCUGAAGUAUUGUUUACUUUAAUGCCUUUGU